GCAUGGCAGUUGCUGAAGCUGUGGUGCUUUCCUCGCCUUUGAAAACAGACAUAGCCCCGAUCUUAGACGCUGCAGAAACAGGCUCAACAUUGGCCAGGAAGUCUGUAGCAAUAGCUGCGGCCGCAAAUAUUGCGGCCGCGGCCAGAACUGGAGCUGAAACAAAGGUCACCAAGGCCCCUUUGGCUACUAAACUGCUGUCUCUCAGCGGCGUGUUCGCAGUGCACAAGCCCAAAGGGCCCACUUCAGCCGAGCUGCUGAAUCGGUUGAAAGAGAAGCUGCUGGCAGAAGCUGGUAUGCCUUCUUCAGAAUGGACCAAGAGGGAAAAACAGACCUUGAAAAUUGGGCAUGGAGGAACUCUAGACAGCGCAGCCCGAGGUGUUCUGGUCAUUGGAAUUGGAAGGGGAACAAAAAUGUUGACCAGUAUGUUGUCAGGUUCUAAGAGGUAUAUCGCCAUUGGAGAACUGGGAAAGGCCACCGACACACUAGAUUCUACGGGGAAAGUGACCGAAGAGAAACCUUAUGAUAAAAUAACACAAGAGGAUAUUGAAAGUAUUCUACAGAAGUUUACUGGAAAUAUAAUGCAGACACCCCCUCUCUAUUCUGCAUUAAAGAAAGAUGGGCAGAGACUUUCAACUUUAAUGAAGAGACGAAAAGUAGUAGAAGCAAAACCUGCCAGGCCGGUUACUGUAUACAGUAUCUCCCUUGAAAAAUUCCAGCCACCAUUUUUUACAUUAGAUGUUGAAUGUGGAGGUGGUUUUUACAUCAGAAGCUUGGUCAGUGACAUUGGCAAAGCGCUGUCUUCCUGUGCCAGUGUACUGGAGCACCAGGGGCCUUUUACACUGGAAGAGCAUGCCCUUCCUGAAGACAAGUGGACCAUUGAUGACAUCGCACAGUCCCUUGGGCACUGCUCUUCUCUUCCCCACUUGUUGGCACUUAAAAAAUCAAAACCUGAAGAGGCAAAUGAGCAGGACAUGAACUGUAAAUACAUAACUCUAAGUGAGACAAAGGGAGAGGGUGAUGUAAUUAAGACAUGUUGAGACUGGUCUGAAGGAUCAUCGUUUCCUGGUUGACAUGUGAAUGAAUCCUGUGUGCAGAUACAGAAUGACAAGCUAUGUGCGAGAGACAAAUGAAUACUCUUUUUUUUUUUUUGAAUGAAGAAAGUAAAGCAUCACUAACAGUUUCUAUAGCAUAUAAUUUAUUUGCUAUACCUUACAUAUGGCCUUGCAAUUGUUCA